CUGAAGAUCUGAAGGCGACAUCUCCAGAAGCCAGCUCACGUCACGAAAGUGGGCGGAGUCAGGAAUCUGUUUCCGGAAACAUGGAGGCUGUAGUGAGUGAUGUUGUAGCUCCCGAAGACCUUUUGAAAUUCGAGAAGAAAUACAACAACGAGCUGGUGAAAGGAGCUGUCUCCAAAGAAACAAAGUUUGAAUAUGCUUGGUGUCUGAUCAGGAGUAAAUACACAGACGAUAUCAAGAAGGGAAUCGUGCUCUUGGAAGAACUCGUCCAGAAAUCAUCAAAGGAAGACUCCCGGGACUUCUUGUUCUACCUUGCUGUGGCGUACUACAGACUCAAAGAAUAUGAGAAAGCUCUGAAGUACAUCCGGACUCUCCUGAAAAACGAGCCGGGGAACAAGCAGGCUCUGGAUCUGGAGAAACUCAUCGACAAGGCUUUAAAAAAAGAUGGCCUGGUUGGAAUGGCGAUUGUCGGGGGGAUCGGCGUCGGCGUGAUGGGUUUGGCGGGCCUCAUCGGCUUGGCCGUAUCGAAGGGAGCUGCUAAAUCCUAACCCCAUGUGCAGGACUACAUGUCCUCGGUUUGCUGGACUGACACACUGACCCUCCCCUUCGCAUAAAAUAUUAAAAGUUUGCGGCAAAAGCUCCAAAGAAUUCCUCAAGGAUUUUCAAGGUUGAAUAUAAAUAAUCUACAUUAAAGGGUUUGAAGAAUAACCUGUUUUCAUACUUUGGUUUAGCUUCAUACAAACAUAUGACUUUGCUCAGCUGUCUAUUCAAACACAACACACUGCACUGUUAAUUAUUUCUGUAUAUAAAUCAGAAGAGUCAAGGUGCGGCUCACUUUAAUCUACUUUCAUAGCUGAUAUGCACCUCAGCCUAAACUUUCUACGUUGACAUUUACAUUUGUUGAAACAAGCCGUGAUAGAAGUGCAGUUGUUGAUCUGUAUCUGUGUAAUUGCGUUGUUUAGGAAAGUGUUACGGCUGCUGGAGAAAGUGUAGCUUGUCAUGCCAAACGCAACACACAGAGUAGAGGUUGCAGAGUUUGCCACGCUGAGGGGAUGAGAUGAUGUUUGCAUUGAUUCAGAACCAGAGGUGUCGUUUCUUGUUCUGAAUACUACUUUAAAUUAAAGGGAGGCGACGCACUUGCUAUAAAUGAAUAUUUUAUUCUGUAAAUUGCAUCAUAUUAUUUACCUUUGUUGCAUUUAAUGGGUUGUGUUUUCCAUCUUAUUAAAUAAAAAAAAAUUUUGAACUAAAA